UUGACAUUUGACAGUAAACCGUGUAAACUGUAUGACUUUACAAUUUUGAAAAGAAAUUUUUAGAUUUAUGAAGUGAUGGCUUCUGAAAGAUACAGUUUUUCUUUAACAACAUUUAGCCCUUCCGGCAAACUUGUUCAAAUUGAGUAUGCUUUAGCCGCAGUCGCUGCUGGGGCCCCUUCCGUGGGUAUCAAAGCUUCCAAUGGAGUUGUCAUUGCCACUGAGAACAAGCAUAAAUCAAUUCUUUAUGACGAACACAGUGUUCAUAAAGUUGAGAUGGUUACUCAGCAUAUUGGCAUGAUUUACUCUGGAAUGGGCCCUGAUUACAGAUUACUAGUUAAACAAGCUAGGAAAAUGGCACAACAAUACUUCUUGGUGUACAGAGAACCAAUUCCAACUGUUCAAUUGGUGCAACGUGUUGCUGCUGUUAUGCAGGAGUAUACUCAAUCGGGAGGUGUAAGACCUUUUGGAGUUUCUCUUUUAAUUUGUGGAUGGGAUAAUGAUAGGCCCUAUUUGUUCCAAUGUGAUCCAUCAGGGGCAUAUUUUGCCUGGAAAGCUACAGCUAUGGGUAAAAACUACAUAAAUGGAAAGACGUUCUUGGAAAAAAGAUACAGUAAAGAUCUUGAAUUGGAUGAUGCUGUUCACACUGCCAUUUUAACUUUGAAAGAAAGUUUUGAAGGUCAAAUGACUGCAGACAACAUUGAGGUUGGAAUUUGUGACUCCACUGGUUUUAGAAGGCUGGAACCAUCUCAUGUUAAAGAUUACUUGGCCAAUAUUCCCUAAAUAACACAGUUUUAAUUAUAUAAGUAAAAAAAUGUUUGCUUUUAAUUAUAAUUUAAUACACUUGAAAAUUUUCAUACUAA